CGACGUGCUGUACAGUACUGUUCGCGACUUUCCAUGUGCUUCCACUUUUAUUUGUAAUACUUUUAAAAGCCGCUUUGUUAAAUAAAAUGAAAACAUUCUAAAUAUAUUUUAUAAAAUAUUUUAACUACGAAUUGUGUUAUUUAAUUUUGAGAAAAUCAAAACGUUUUUGUGAUAAGAUGGCGACAGCGACUUUAUCAGUGCCGGACAACCAGAGUGUGGAGUUCGGCAUCGCGACGCUGCUGGAGAAGGUCAGCGCAAUGCGUCGCGACGAUACCGGGCCUCCGCGCCUUCUGCCAGCCAAGGCGGAGAUGCGCACUUUGGAGUUUUGGAGGUCCAUCAUCUCCGAGUGUCUAGCUUCCUUCUUCUACGUGUUCGUGGUGUGCGGGGCCUCUGUUGCCGUCGCUCCCUCGGGCUCCCCGGGCCUCCUCGUCAUCGCGAACGCGCUGGCGUCGGGCUUCGCCAUCGCCGCCCUCACCCAGUCCUUCGGCCACGUCUCAG